UCCGAACGAGCUUCGGAUCGUGCGCAAGAGAGAACAUCAAGAAUCGAAGGUGGCCGUUCCAUGCUAGCUGCUGCACGUCUAAUCGCUAUUCUGCGUGCAAUUCCAGGAAAAAUCGACGGGCAGCAAUAAUAAACGAAAAACCGGCCGAACGCACCGCUCAAAUGCAAUAUAUUGCGUUGCAUGCAUGUACAUACACUGUGCACCGCUGUCUAAUGUUCUUCUGAGAGUUAUUCCGGUACCAAUUGCUAGAUCGUUACCUCUCACAGCCCAAACAGGGGAAACCGACAGAAAUGGAGAGUCUCGAAGAGGAAUUUAAGGAGUAUGAGGAGCGAAAAUUGUGGCCUACAAUUUUCUGGGAUAUUCACAAGGAGAGUAGCUUGUACGAGUUACCAACGACUGAUGCGAAAGAUCCAAUUAACAAAGGACUCAACAGAUACAGGGAUAUCCACCCAUACAAUCACACUAGAAUUCGACUGGAGAGAGGAGACGUAAGGUAUAUCAAUGCAAGCCUCAUCGAAGCUCCUCUUGCCAAGCGCAAGUAUAUACUUACUCAGGGACCCCUCACGAGAACAGUAUGUCAUUUCUGGCAGAUGGUUUGGGAACAGGACUCAAGAGCAAUCAUCAUGCUAAAUAACUUUGUGGAAAAUCACCAGCAAAAGUGUGCUGACUACUUUCCUCGUGGCCAAGACAACGGGAACACAGACGAGCUUCUGUGUGAGGACACACUCCUCAAAGUGACCUACCUCAGACAAGAGAGACAUCAUUACUACAUCGUCAGAACACUCUUACUAGAAGACCUUGUGACGCAACAAACCAAAGAGAUCCUGCACUUUCACUACACCCGCUGGUCAGAUUUCAGUGUUCCCCAGUCCCCUGCAGCAUUCCUUCAGUUCCUGCACCAUGUGAGGAGAUCGGGCUCCCUGGUGGACAACGUGGGUCCUCCCGUCAUACACUGCAGUGCAGGGGUGGGCAGAUCAGGGACGCUGUGUCUGGUAGAUACAUGCCUCGUGCAGAUUGAGAAGAAAGGCAAUACCUCAGGACUGGACGUCAGAAAGCAGCUACUGGACAUGAGGCGGUAUCGACACGGUCUCAUCCAGACCUGGCAACAGCUACGAUUCUCCUACUGUGCCAUUUUGGAAGGGUCAAAGGUCAUUUUAAGGGGAGAUGACCUCGGCUCGUUAACUGUAGAAAAUAACACAGACGUGGAGUCAAUACCCCCUCCCCUGCCCCCCAAGAGGCCCUCCUCACGCCCCCAAUCCAUGCUGGACGGAGAGACGGUGGUACACAAGGCUGAAGAGAAUAACGUGCAGAACGAGAGGAAGGAUGGACAGAAGGAUGGAAUGAAAGAUGGGCUGAAGGAUGGAGUCAAGUCAGUCGUGGAUGAUGAUGAUGAUGCAUCGUCUAGCCCACCAACAAACUCAAGAGUGGUAGACAGUCCGCCCCAGAAUGAGCUGAGGAAACGAAAAUGGGAGGAGAGAGAGGAGAGGACCUCAAAACUCAACGAGAAGAUCUCCGAGAUGAGGCGAAAGCAGAAAAGGUCUGAAUACUGGCAACAGAAAAGGUCAUUAAUACAUCUCGGGGUCGGGGUCGGGGUUGGGGUAGGGGUGGCAGUUUCAUUAUUUGCAGUUUAUUACUACAUGUCUCCUUGAUACGAUGCCACACUCAGCCACAUUCUUUCUCAGAUAUAGACCUACUAUCCUUUUCCUUUUGUGUUGAAAAGAUUGACGAAAGGUAUUUAAAAACGGAGUGAAAAGAGAAGGUAUACGUAAUGAUAUUUCAGAAGCAGGUGAUUUAUUUUAUUUACAGCAUAUGGUGCUCGUUUAAAUCCCUGUUUAUCUCAAAGCUGGGAUUCAAUUAUGGCUGCUAAGUAUUGCAAAAGUGAAGGCUAGGUUUCAAUCCAAAUUAUUUAUCAAUGGGGAAAAUGAAUAGGCUUUGGUUCUACCAGUACUCUGAAUUUGAAGGAAAAAAAAAUACUGGCUUAAGAGCCAUGGAACUUUCAUUUAAAAAAAUUAAAAGAAUAUUUCAAAUUUUAUGGAAAUCAUCAAUCACUCAGUCAUUUCACAUUGACCAUGACAUACCAUAUGUAAAUACUCUCAAACGUAUGCAAACGCAAGCAUGUUUAUAUGCGUAAAUAUGAAUUAUUUCUGGUAUGCCUCGGUAAGUUUGAAAGCCAAUACCUUUGUGCAUGUUGUGUAGGUCUCUCAUUUAGGGUACUUGAAACUCUUACCUCAAUUGGUCACCAUAUAUUGUACAGUCAGUAUCUCAGUAAACCAUUCAAUAAGCUAUUUUUUUGACAAAUAGCAAUUGAAAUGGAACAUUCCUUUCAUUUUAUAGAUUAGUCCAAAAUGUCUAUGAAUACAUAUUUUAGCAGGCACAUGCAAAUGGUGUAACCAGCAGAGGAUUAAGUUCAUCUGCGGUUGUUUUGAAAAUGUUUACGACUUACAAUGGGCUUACAAGCAUGUAGGGGCCACCCAGAUGUACUACACCUUCCUUUUACCAACUUAUGAAUAAACAAUCUUGUGGGUGUUUCACAAAGACUAAGAACGACUUACGUUGGACUUAAACUAUGGCAGGCCAUUCAUGCCACAGGUUGCUUUCACCAUUAGUCUUUUAAGGGACGUCACAAAUCUACAGAAUUUACAUUUUUGUUAUUGUUCAUUGAGGAAAUAAGUUACUUACAUCGAUGUGUACGUCUGUUGAGAGACCAAUGCCAGGAGUGGUGAGAGCAACCAGUGGCAUGAACUGCCUGCCAUAGUUCAAGUCCAACUUAACUCGAUCUAGGUUUUUGUGAAACACUCCCCAGUUUGUAGUACUAUUUAUUUAGGAGUCAGGCUUCAAAUGUUUACAAGAAUAUCAUUAGCUAUCAAAUACUUAUAUUUUCUCCAGCGACUAAAGUAAACAGAGGCUUGGGUCAAUGAACUUCCCUAACUCUUUAAAAUAUAAGAGCUACUGUGAUUUUUCAUUUUAAGUAAAAUUUAAAAAUGUUCUGUUUCUAUUAAAGUUUGUUGUAUAUUAAAUUGCUGAUCAUGUUACCUUGACUUUAAUAAGUGUAGCCUUCACAAACUCUAUUUCAUAUCUCUCUUCAGAGAAAUACUGUUAACUAGAAGUUUAGGUUUUGGUAUAUCUGAGUAUUUUUUCUUUAGGAUGACAGUAGAGAGAAAUGAUCUUUGAUUGUUUUAACCCUGGUGCGGCAGAUUUUGAAAUGCAGCAUCAAUAGUGCUUUCUUUGCAAUUAUGAUAUCAUAAUAGUUCACUUACAAGCUUGUGGAUGUAAACAAACCAAUCAAGCUAAUGACAAAUGGUGUAGUACUGGUGCUCUAAUGCUAUAACAGAAAUGUGAUCAAUUGAAUGUUAAUACUAUGUGUUGUUGCUACGUUUUAGUAGACCUGUGGAGUAUCUACCAAGGAAACAGGGAUUUUCAUGAUUAAACAGGAAAGAGAAAGUGAUACAAAGAGAUUAAUUGUACUCAGUCACUCCUCUUAUGUGAUCCUAUAGCUACUUGUUUUACAGAUAUAUUUAUUUAGUAGUACUCUUAUUUCUAUCUCUGUCCAUUUCUUGGACUAAUGGCUGAUUAUGUGGAAGAAGAAGAAAUUUUUUAAACAUUGAUGAUUAGAUUUUUUUUUAAAUGAUGAAUUAUUGCUAACUUUAUGAAAAGAAAUGUGCCUAGAAUGUUUGUGAAAUUGUACAAAUUUGCUUAUUAAAAAAACGACAGUAUUAGUUGCAAUUUGUUUUUGUAGCAUACUUUUUCAUAGACAUAUAUUGAAAUUGGUUUGAUCUUAUAUGUACCUGAUAUGCAUAUUGUUGACUUAUCUGCGAUGGUCUUGAUGUAACAAUGCUGACAGAAAUAUUAUUACACUUAAUUUGUUAUUUUAUUUUUUUGAAUUGUGGGCCAAAAUAGAAGAAAGAUGUAUAUAUCUCAUUUGAUUCCUUCAGUUUUAUACAUGUACAUCUUCAUGUUAGUCCUUUCAAGUCCCUUCUUGCAUUUUCAGAAUAAAAAGAAAUAAUGUGCUUAUUAACCUAUAACUACUGGUAAUAAUUGUCUGCAUUCAUAUUUCUUUUUCCUUCUCAUCAUGAAAAUGAUUCAUGUUCAUUUGUAAUAAUCUUUGUUCACAAGUAAAUAGAAUUGAAAGGAGUAUGAUUCUUUUCCUAAAGAUUUUGGACAAGUUUAAGAGAAAAGGGAUUUUGUAAUGACGGAAAUUGUGCUCUCUUCAGUGAUUUACGUUCCCAAAUAGUACAGUAAAGACAUGUAUACAUCUCUGCCCUACAAGUUUUACGUUCCCAAAUGAGACAGUAAAGACAUGUAAGCAUCUCUGCCCUUUCAGUUUUACAAGUAAGGAGUUGGACAAAAUAUGACUAGCCAAAAUGGAAGGUAACAUACUUGAAAGGCCUUUCAAACUUGUUAUUGUUUGCACAAAAUAUGAAUACAUUAAAUAUGAUAUGCACCAGGCAAACAAGA